CGCCGCCACCGCCAGUAUAGAGCUUGACGUUGGUGGUGGAGGGUGUGCGCUCUCGCUCUCUGUGAUUCAUUCGAUAAGUCAACUCCAAACUUGGUGUUUAUUGUGUUGAAGGGGUUCCUUUUAUCCGGAAUCAGUACUUUUAUUGGGCGUGUUGGAUAUUAACUCCGUAUACUAAUAAGAUGGGCAGUGCGACGGAGUGAACGUGAUGAGUGUGGCGGUAUCAUCGUCGGCGGGGUUGAUGGGGUCGCGGCCGCCCCAGGAGGACAACACCCAGGUCUCCGAGAUGGAUGGUUGGCGGCAUGACGUAAGGGCCAAGGUGACGGCCCUCAAAUGCCACGUCAUGGCCUCUAGGGGACUCACCUCCGACGGGCAUAUCGUGGAGCCCUACUCCCCGCGGCUUCUCCUGGAUGCGCCUAAUUCUCGCCUGCUCCUCGAUGCAGCUAAUCUGGACCUGGAGGCGUACGCUGAGGCGCUGCAGAAUGGUACCGGGUACCUGAGUAAAGCUGAGCAGGGCCAGAACGGCUCUAGUGAAGAAGGCCCCGUGGACACCUUGUCUCUCAAAGACGUACAGUUCCGCCUGCAGGAGUCCGGGGUCAGUAAUGGUCAUGACGCCUCAAAGAUCUCAGUGACCCCAGCCUCAUCCCCAACCAAGUCUAUAUCCAGCAUCUCCGCCAGGUCACAUGCGUCCUCCACUUCCUCUUCGUCCUCCUCUUCUUCCUCCGCCUCCUCUUCUUCAUCUUCGUCGGCCUCCUCUUCUACGGACUCGCCCGCGAAAGUGGUUGAAGUGAACGGACACUCUUUGAACGGGUCGUGUGAGGGAAUCAACGGAACGGCGCCGUCGAGGCUUGAAGACGUGGAGGAGGAGCUGGAAAAGGUGAAGGACGAACUCAAACACAAGGAGGACGAGGUGGAACGGUUAUCCAAGAUACGGGACGAGGUUGAAAGCGAGCUCCAGGAACUUACAGCUAAUCUAUUUCAGGAAGCCCACAGUAUGGUCCACAAUGCCAACCAGCGUGCAGCCAGUGCAGAGAGGUCACUUCGGGAGGCUGAGAUGCAGGUGGAGGUGCUACAGGCGGAGGUAACUGCCCUUAAAGCCCUGGUCAUCACCUCCACGCCAGCAGCACCCAACCCUCACCUCCACCCUCAGCUCAUCACCAAGAGUGUGGCAGAGACAGGGAAAAAAAUAUUCCAAAGGGGUCAUCGUAAAUCACCAUCAGAUUUUGACCUAAAAUACGGCCGAGACACGACACCUCCAAGUUCUCCACUGAAGGAAAGCCGAAUAAAUGAUGCAGCGGCUCUAUCACAGUUCCCACUGGACCCUGAGUGUUGGGAGGUGGAUCCAGUUGUACAUAAAGAGUUUAUAGCUUGGAAACAGAAUCCAACGUUAGACCGGUCAGAUACCUUUAUGCAGCGUAUAUAUGAGGAAGACAUAGACCUGUGUCUGGCGUUUCCUAACUCCAUGCUGGCACACCGUGUCCAGAGGGCCAUAGAGGAUAAUGCUGUGUAUAUUGAGGAAGUCAACCCACGACAAAAGAGUAGUUGCCCGAGAGUUGACCCAGAUGAAACCAGGAAAUGUGUGCUGUUGGAUGUUCCUCGCUUCUGCAAGUAUCGUUUCCGACUUGGAGAGAGCGAUGACAACUGGUACUAUAUCUCACAGCUGGCCAGAAAUAGGAUUAUUGCCAUCUGUGACUUUCUCAACUACUUAAGAUAUAUUAAACUUGGUCUAGUCAAGAGUUCAAUUCAUGACGUGUACUGGGAGAUCGUGAAGCUUCGACGCCAGAUGGCCCUUGCUCGUCUAGGGUUUUGAGUUUCCUCAGUAUUUGAUUUUUGAAGUCUUAAAUUAAAUCAUUAAAAGAAUGCUUGAGGAGUUUACUGUAUUGACACAGCAAAUGGAUAUCAGUAUAAGUACAGCACUUGUGCAUCAAGAUACAGUAUAUCUUUAUGCUGUAGUAAUCAUGGACAAGAAAAUUGGUGAGAUACUCCUCUUGACAUUGUGAAACUUGUGAUAAAUGCCAAUAUUUACAUGAUAUGUAAAAAUACCUGAUCCUUUGCCAGUGUAUGGUAUUAUGGACAAAGCAUAACAUUAAUAGUGGAAUAUGGAACUUACUUUAAGUUGGAUGAAAUUAGAGUGGAAACAUCAGUGAGGUGUAAUGAGAUCUGUUUUACCAUUAAUCUUGAUCUUUUCCUUGUACUACUGUACUCUCAGUGUGCUCGAUUUUUAUACAAAUAUAUUGUGACUUGUUAGUUUAUUGUUAUAUGUAAGUAGAGUUCGUAUCUGAUUACAUAUAUUAAUGUGAUAAAUUAAUGUUUGGUAAACUUCAUUGUUUAAUAAAUAUGUUAAUAACAUCACUUUCAAAGUAACUUUUUUUGGUAGAACUCGGGAUGAUGAUAACAUUGGUAGUACUAUCAAGUCAUUCAUUAUACAGUCUGUGAUGCAUGGAUGAUGAAGUGAAUUUUACAAGUUUCCUCAGAUUAUUUACCAGAAGCUCAGUUUUUAUUCUUCCCCACUGUUGUUCCUUUUAUAAAACUGUACCAAGACAUUAUUCUACUAUCUAGCAAGAAACAUAGGGAUAUGAUAUUGAAGCUGUGAUCAAUUUUUUCAGAAGUGAAAUUUGGGGUUAAAACAUUGAAUUUCAGGAAUUUAAAGGAUAAUACCUGAUGAACCAGUCAAAUUCCAAACUGGUGUACAGUAUAUUAGUCAUUUGGAAGGCAUUUUUCAUAAAAUUUCAUUGUUCAUGGUGCUGGUCCUAAGCUAUAGCCUACCAUCCUAUCCCUAUGGUAAAUGCAUAUAUAUGUGAAUGUGAUUCUUGGUAUUGUACUGGCAGGCAUCACACCACCUGCUGGAUAUUACAAGAACAAUAUGAGUCCACAUGAAAAGAUGCAGGGGAGAAUGGUCGAUUUUAAGAAUUUACUAGUACAGUACUGUAUUGUUAUUUAAUAUUGCACUAAUGUCUUUAUAAAGUUUAGGCUUUUAUCUGAGUAAGGAAGUGCUUGUUUAGUGACACCUGUACUGACAAGUGCUGCUGUAGCCUUACUAUGUAUGAGAUGAUAGGCUCCAUUCUAUGUAAUAAAGGCUACCACUAGGACUCCUGCAUCAAUAUACAUGUACAGUACAGUAAUAUUGUGUAUGUUCUCUAUUUGGACAGCCGAUGUAUUUCAUGCUGAGUAAUUUUGUUCAACCAAGAAAAGUUUGAGCAUUUACCAGAAAAUUCAGUAAAGUUAUAUGAAUAUUGUGGGUUUAAUCUAUAAGAUAUAAGUAUUUACAGGUACAGUAAUAGAAUAUCUAUAUUGAUAUAUUUGUAAUGGAAUUUUGGUGAAAACAUUGUUCGUGUGUAAAUUUUGGUUUCGUUUUGAGGUAAAAAUUUAUAUUUUUACUGUUUUUACAUAAUUAAAAAUUUGUAUUAGACAAGACGUUUUAAAAAUUUAGAAUGAAAAUUACUGGUUACUAGUAAAUUAUUGUUAGACGCUUAAUGUUCACUCCCUGUAGAUCUGAUAUUUUGUAAAUAUAUACAUAUAUAAAGUAAAUAUAUAUAUAUAUAAAUCUGUAUUUUACAAAGAUUAUAAAUACUUUUAUUAAUACUUUAUUAUGGUUAUAGUACUGUACAUUAUUUUUUCUUUUGUAUCUUUUGGUUUGAAAGUGAUUGUGUAUUACUGCCAAUUGUGUUAGGAAAUGAAAAUGUGUGUUUCUUCACCCCCAGGCUGGUGGCAUGUACUGUAGAGGUGAAGAAAUGUUGACAACCAGAGUUUUUAAGACCGUGAAAUAUAUAAUUUGAUAUCUGAAUUUACCCAUAUUGCCUUUCAAUUAACUGUAACUAGUAUAAUAUUGUGCAAUUUAGGGAAAAAUAGUUUAAAACAAAUUACAAGGGAAAAUGCUAGUUCUCUUGAAAUAAUAACAAUAUAAAUUUAGGAAAUAGUGUGACCAUUCACCCUUAAUGAAACUGACCAGGAAGAGUUUUAUGACAGUGUAAAGUUUAAUGGCUGUCCUACACAAGUAACAGAAUACUCAGGAUGAUUUAAUAAUUAUAUUGUUUGACAUGUGUUAACCCCUUCAGUACAUCAGCCUUGAAUUACACAGGUUUGGAUGAUGUCUCAAGGAUAAGCUCCCACAGUAUACUAAUGUUUGUUGAAGAAUAUUUCCAAAUGAUGGAAAUGUUUUGCCUUAGCAUUUCAGACAUGACUAAGUGAUUGAAAGAUCCUUAAACUUCCACAUGGGUCACGUUUCCUUUAGCUCCUUAAGAUGUGGUGUAGAUGUGUCAUUACAUUAUACUACAUCCUUCUUACAGCCAGCAAAUGAGACUGAAUCUCUUACUUGAUUGAAUAAAUGUUUGUUUUUUAUUAGCCUUCAUACUUGGGCUGAUCCCUUCUCCCCCUACACACACAUACCUACCUUGCCAUUCCUACUGCUGUAUUGGAGUCCAUGUGUUAACAAUAACUUUUUAAUGGACCUUUGGCUGACAGGUACCAUAAUCAUCAUGUCAAAAACAGGUAUAUUGUUUCAUCCUAUCACUUCACUAGGUAUAUAUUGGGCUCUUAUUUCCAGGUGAUAUAACAGGCACAUGUAGGUGUACAGAUACAGUAUGUUGAUAAUUUCCUGUACAGCACUGGGGCUUGGCAGUACUGAAGGGGUUAAAGUCCCAUAUGUUAAGGCAAGGUUGUUAGAAAACUCUUCCUAUGAUAUGAUUGAAUUGUAAAAAUUUAUGUAUAAAAGGAAAAAGUAUGUAAACUGAAAAACAAGUGAACAGGUACUGUAGUUUGAUAAAUUUUGGGGUACAUUCUCUCUCACUUUCUUUUUUUUUUCAUUGUAAUAAAACUCAUUCAUACAUAAUGUAGUUUUUCUUAAUAUUUGCAGGGUGACUAGAAUAAAGAGCAACACUUGCUAUCCCUUUGUCAUCCAGUUUAUGUUUUUUGAUUGCUUAACUAGAUUUAUGCUUCAGGUUGCCCUUUUAUACAACAAAACCCGAAGACAUCUUUAUGGUUUACUGAUAUUACUUUACAAGCCAAUUACACUUUAAUGCAGAAUGGCCAAGUGAAGAGCAAACAGCUUCUCCCUUCAUUUGCUUUCAUUAAGUCACAUUAUUGCUGUAAUUUAUAUGUUCUACCAUAGUAUUUCCCUUAAAAAGUAAGGCAGCAAAUGUUUAUUUCUAUUUUCUGGUUUACAGCUGUUGCUCCACAUGACCAAGCAUGAGCAGCCUGUCUGUCCUUUAUUAUCACCAGUGCCAUGCUCUCUGGUCAUUACACAAUUGAAACAAGUACAGUAAUUAUACUUGCCAAAAGAUCUUCUGUGCUGUUGGGUGAAUAGACUUCCAAAGAAUGCAAAUUGCUGUAAUUAAACACAGUUGUAUUUGGAAUUUUGGACAACAGUUAUAGUGAAGAAAUUAAAUUUGUCUAGCUGGAAAGACAGAUUUUUUAAUCUUCCUGUUGUCUGAGGAAGACAUAUCUAAGUAGUACAGCAUUUUAUCUUUAGUAAGUUUAAUUAGUUAAUGUUAAGUUUUCAAUUCUAGCUUUUAUUGUUUAAAUAUAUUCGAUGUACAGUAUCUGUUAAGGGACUAGCUCGUGGAUUUAAAGUUGGCAAAUUACUGGUUUAGUCGCCAAUAUGUGUACAAGAGAUGCUAACAGUGUGACUAUGUUGAUUUUUGUGUCCAUACACUAUAAAUGCCACCUGUGCACACGUGAUCCAGAAACAGUAUCAUGCCAAAUUUGAUCCCUGAAUUUGUGCUUUAGAAACUGUCACUAAUUCUUUUUAAUAAUCAAAAAUAAAAAAAAUCUUAAUUAUAAUUUAAAAGUUUAUUGAAAAUUUGGAUCUGGUUUGCUAAGUGAAAUUAUUUAUUUGUUACAGGGGCAUACACAAGGUUUGUUUAAGAGGGGGGGGAUAUAAUUAUCAGCUUCCCAAAAUAAUGAUGAAGUACACAUUAUCUUUCUCAUGUAUACUCUACUAAGUAUUGUAGUAUCUUCAUAUGCAUUUUGAGUUACUUCGUUGUUUAAUGUCUAAUAUUGGCUUAACUCUCAUAAAACUAAAUUAUAUCUCUCAUUCAGAUUUCAUAGUUGAUAUAUAUUAUGAAUCAUAGCCUGGCAAUAUUGACUUAAUGUGGUUGAUAGUUAAUAGAUAAAGCAGCUGUUAACAAUAAAUAGCUUAAAUUAAAUACACUUUUGCUGAUAAAAAACUUUAUUAUAAAACAUACGUCAGUGUUUAAGGGCUAAGAGGUAGUAAAACGGCAUUCACUGCUACCAAAUAUUUAAAUAAGACAAACGAACAUACUGUAUACAACAUUGUACUUUUAUUGGAGAAAGUAUACGUUCAUACGUUAACAUUAAAACAUCUAGUUGUAAUAUGAUGCACCAACAGAUUCUAAUACAGUAUGUCAAACCAAUAAGACAUCAUGAGAUAGUGGUAAGCGGUUAUAUUUUAUAAAUUAAGGGGGGGGUGAUCACUCUCUUCCCCUCCUUCAAUAUGCCCCUGAUAUACUGGAGUCAUAGUAGGAAUAGUUUUACAUUUGAAAUAAUCUUGAGAUCUUUAAAUUGGUUUAGACUGCCCUUAAUAUAGCUUAAUGAGCUACCAUGACCAAACGUAGAUUUAGAAAUACUGUACUUUUUUUCACUCGUUCAAAAAAUCUCUUGUUACUGUGUGGGGAAGUACUCGAGACAAAAACUUAACCAAAGUCAUUCCUUUAUGUAUUGAGAGUGCAAUUAUUAUUUUUUAUCCCAAAAGUUUAUGGUGUUGAGAUGUGGUAUUUGGUACAGUACAGUAUGUAUGUUUUCACCACCCAAAAAUAUUUAGUCUAUUAUUCAGCUCAGUGAAAGAGAUUUUCUGUUGUAAAAGUACUGUACAAGUAACUGAUUGUUUUUUCCUGAAAGUAUGAUAAAAUUGGUUAUAGUACUAUUGUAGUAUUUUAAAUGAGAUUCUCAAAUAUUUGGCUUAAUUUUAUAUGUUUGGUAAAGAAAACUCAUCUCCAAUGCAAACUGAAUGUUUGGGUUGGCCUCAAAAAACAUAUUAAAAUAAAUUUGUGGUUUACCUAAAGAUCUGUACAGUCAUCACAUUUUAAAACAUAGAUAAAAUGUUAAAUAUCAGUUACUUUGAUAAUUAUGGAUUCUAAUAUUUUACACACUAUACAGAACUGUACUUGGUUUUCAUGAAUCUGCCACCAGCCAAAUUAACUUCACCCGAGUAAAUAUCUAAACUGAUUGAAGGUCUCUACAACAAAAUUGUCCAUUGUCUGUUUCUACCUUAAUAGACAAAUUCUUAACCACCAUCCUAGUUAACUUCUAAACAAAGUUAUGUUCUUAUCAUUUUGUCACUGCUGUUAGUUUUCUUUGAUUAAUUUACUGGACAUAAAGCAGAUGGCCUUUGACACAUACUCAUCAGCCUCUUCAAAACCUCUCUGGGCUUUAUACUUCGGUAAUUAGUGAAAACCUUGUAUGUAUGUGUAAUUGUACAUUGUGCACACAUCUUAAAGUAUCUCACAGUAUACAGCAUGUAGCCUUCACUUCUAAUGUUGUAUCAUUGAUUCUGUGGUUUUCAUAAUGACAAGGUUCUCCUAUAACUAAAAUAGGACAUUAAUAUAUUAAUUUUAUGUAUAUACAGGUAAAUCAAGUUUUGAUUAUUUUAUAAAAUAUCUUGCUUGAAUUUUUGUAUAAAAUUGUUAUAAAUUUUGUACAAAGAAAUUUUUUUUAAUUUAAUUUUAAAUUUAGAUUUUUCAUUAGUGGCCUCCUCUCUCUAACAGUAUAAAACCUAAAUUGAAACCAUAUUUAUUUACUGUAGAAAUAUUAACAUUACAGUACAACUACAAUAGAAGCCCAGAUAAUUAUAUUCCACAUCCGAGACUAAAAUAUUAAGAUUGUACGUAUGCUAAAGGCGAGAUCAGUGUUUUAUGUUACAAUAAUGAAGAUAAGGAUCUGUAUAACAAGAGAAUGUAGGUUCUGUAUCCUAUUGUAAACUGAGGAUAUGGGGAUGUGUAUGUGUGAACAUAUGUGUGGAGUAUCCCUUAACAUUUCAGCUUCUUCAUGUUACUUUCUAAACUUGACACUCACCUCUCCUCUACCAUUUCCCCCUUUCUUACAGUUUCUGCUUUCCUUGGUAUAACCUACACAAAUGUGAGGGAUGAGUAUACAGUAUAUAGUAUAGUUAUAAAUUUGUCAUGUGAGUGUAUUCUAUAGUAAACCUGUCUUUGCACUAGAGCUUUUGUAUAAUACAGGGUCGACUCAUUUCCUUCAGACUUAUCAUAAUCUUUAACCAUGGUGGGGAGACGUCUUGCUCUUUAACUACAUAUUGAGAUUUAAAAAAAAAACACAUUAUAUAUCCUGCCUUAUACAGUAACAUUCUUAGUGUUAGUAGAUAUUUAUGUUCAUAAGUAAAAAUUUGGGAAUGGACAAGUUUUCAAAUGCUGUACUGCAAUGACACUUUACAUCAUAAAUUAUAAUCAACUUUUUAUGAUGCUAGUAUGUAUCCAAUAACCUAUUGACAUUACAUGUAAAACAAAGUAAAAGAUUAUAUAGGUGUUUAAGAAUUGUGUGUCUUGUUAAUAUAGCUUUGUUAUAGAAUACCAGAGGAAAUUCUGAAUUUGUUUCAGAGUGGUGGCAUGUAAAGUGGUCCAUGUCAAAAUAUACUUUACACAGGUCACAUAACUGUCUACUGUACAAUGAAGGUUCAAAUUCAGGCAUAAUCUGGUACUAUUCUCAUAUCCAUUACUGGGGAAAUUUGAGGGAGCAUGAAGGGCACACAUCUUGUUUACUAGAUUUAAUUUUCUCCUACUUUUGGGACAUCUUGCAGUUGUAUUCUUUAACAUGAAAUCUUCAGUGUGCCCUCAUGGUGUGAUUAUAAGUCAACAGUCUUUGUAUUGCUUAUGAGUUUAAUCUCCAAUGAUAUACCUAUAAACAUUUUUUAAGCAACUUUAAAAGUUUUUAUUGAAUAUAUUUGAAAUACUGUAUAAGACCAGGCAGCAUUAGCAGGAAGGUUUGAAGGAUUAAAAUGAAGAAGAGUACUUAAGUAUGGCAAUUACUGUACAGUGAACCCUUGUUAUUUGCAGGGGUUAGGUUCCAAGGAAUGGCACGAAGAGGCAAAACUGCGAAUAGCAACUAAUACUACCUUAGUGCACUACUGUAUACCUAUACCAAACAACUGACCAGCUGCGGCAGCACUCAACCCCUAUUUUAACUUGUGUAAUAAUUUAACUUUCUUUGUCAGGGUCAUCACUGACUUCUGCCUUUUACAGUUCAUUCCACUAGCAUCACUAACACUAGGCAGUCUUUUAGGGACCAUUUCACACAGAAACACUAAAGUUUUGAGGACAACACAAGAGAUACUGCAGCGCAGGCAAUGGUUGAGAGCAAACAAGGGAGAAGAGACGCUGCAGGCGUUUGGGGUGACUCGUUGCUCUGCGGGAGAGGCUCGUAAGCCAGCCACCUUCUCACCAUCUGCUUACUGCAAAUAGUUGAAACCGUGAAUCGCAAACCCGUGAAUGACAAGGGUUUACUAAACUGUACCGUACAAGAUGAAAAAAAAAAAUUAAAUAUGCUUGCUGCUCUAGUGAUGAACGAAUUUACUCCAUUUACACGCAGCAUAAGGUUUUAGAUGAAUCAAGAUAGUUUGUGAAGUCUUGAACACAUUAAUUCGCUUUGCAGACAUCUAAUAGUAAUAAUUUGUAUUACACUUGGACUUCCAGACCUUGCUUGAUCUGAUUCAACAUACAACAGGCAAUUUACUAAACAGUGAACUAGUCCUCUGACUGUGAGUAUACAAUUAACUAUUUUUUAAAUGAAGUAACCUUCUGAGCAUACAAAAUGCUACUUACUAGACAAGUAGUCCGGUGAGCAUGAAAUUAAGUAUUGUACUAACUAGAAUAGAAAGUAGUACUCUAAGCAUACUUCAAGCUACUUGCCAGACCCUGAAAUAAUCCUCGGAGCAUAUAAGCUACUUACUCGGAACACACUGAGCACUAUCCGUCACAGACACAAGUCUACUGUCGUGGAAUACCAAUUUUGUUAUAUAAAAAGGCAAUUAUUAUGUAUUUAUAUCUUCAAUGUUUUUGAAACCUAUUACGUAUUGUAUAACAUUUUUAAGAUACUUCAACAUAUGAUUCAUAGUUUUUGAGACAUGUCUCUCUGUAACACAUUUUGAUACUUUUAAUUGUAAUAAUGUCAUUUUGUUUACUCAGGUUGUUGUCACAUUUCUUUGACAGGGAAGUAAAGGCAUUUUCAUGAAAUGUUUAAAUUGAUAUGCUGUGAAAAAAAAAACAAAUACAGGUAUACCCAUUUUAAUUUAAAUACAGUAUGUGGUAGCACAGUAUAUCAACAAUGAAAUAAUUUGUAAUGAUGUCCAACACUUUCUUUAACAAGAUAGUACAUACUGUAUCUUUUCAAUGAGGGAAAAUUAGCAGUUUAUAACAGGAAGUAACUAUACCAAGUAUAUUGUCAGGAUGAUUGGUACUCUCUUGUAAGUUAUCUGAAUAGUUAUACAAAUA